GGAUGGAGCUGUCACUGUCAUUGGGUUGAAAUUUGUUUUUAAUUCGAUUUUCAAAAAAUUAUAAAGCCUAAAAAUGGCAGUUUCGCCAUACUUUCGGUCGCCUUUCACCGACUUGACUGGUGGGUUAGUGUCUCAUCAGCUACUGGGCAAGUGCCAGAAGGAGGAGAUUCGUUAUAUGGACUGUCUGGAAGCUUAUGGCUUGGAUCGCGGAAAAGUCAAAUGCCAACACUUGUUUGGCGAUUUUCAUGAAUGCCAGACUAUGACCUUGCAAUUCAAGAGGUUUAUGGCAAUGCGCAAAGAGAGAGAAAGACAAAUAGCUGAAGGAAAGCUGAAAGGAGAUGCUAAAUGGGUCUCCCCCACUGCUGAUAGCUACUGAAAUCAACUGUAGAUAAUUAUCACAUGAUAGAAUUCUUUUAAGUGUAAUAAAGUUAUUUGAUUUAUUAUUA